CAGUUAUUUAUGAGAUCUCAUAAUUCUUUUAUGUAAUACCACAAUAAAAAUUUGCUACCUGAGCUUCAGUUAGUGACUUAGGGAUACUCAUUGGUCAGUGAUACUCAUUGCUUCCUUGAUCAUUGUUCCUGUUACAUGAAUUUUACUUAUGGGAUGAUAAAAUUAUAAUUAGUGGGUGUAUGCUUGUAUGGAGUUUCAUUUUUUUUCCCCAUGAAAAACAGAAAAAGUGAUCAUAUGAAGGUGCUGAGGGGGCAGGAUGAUGUUUGUUUUUUUAGUAAAAAUAGGGAUAGUGAAUUAAUGAUUUCAAUUCUAUGUCCGUCGACUAUGUUCCAUUUUUUUGUGGUUGAAUUCCUUAAACAACUCACCAAACAUAGCACCACCGUAUUCAUUACAAGAGCAACGAGAACCAAACAUGGCACCGCCAUAUUCAUUGCAAGAAAAUUCCUUCUUUCAAACACAACAAUGCUCUUACUAUUCUCCGCAAAUCCCCCUCUUUCAAGAUCCGCCACACUGUCCCUGAACCUUGAAUGCACCAAUUCAAUGAUCCUCCUAAGCCUGAGAUUGGCGGAGGUGAUUGCAGUGAUGGUGGAGGUGGUGGCGACGGUAGCGGCACUGGUGGUAACAGUGGAGAAGUAAAAGAGAACGAUGGAGAUGAAGAGUUCAAGGUUUUGUUGGAUUUUGAAGCGGUUAUGAAGGAAGCGGAAGCAUGUGGUGUGAAGCUUCCAUUGGAUAUGGUGGAGGCAGUGAAGACCAUCGGCAUUCGAAAAAAUUUCCUUCAACGUUACUUGGACUUACAUGGAUUGACUUGGUCAGUAUGGCUAUCGUUUGUGAUGAAGCACUGCUCUAUUAUGAGAAAUUGAAUGCUUGUUGACCCUCGUUUUCUAUUUAAAGUUGGAAUUAAGGCACGGCAUACUUGCCUUCAGGGAUGAUACUAAGCUCGAGAAAGGAGGACCUAUAUCAGCAGGGCUUCUGCAAGCUAUUGAAGGAUCGCAGGUUCUAAUUGUGGUCUUCUCAAUGGACUAUGCUUCGUCCACAUGGUGCUUGCAAGAACUCGCACAGAUAGCUGAUUGCAUUCAAAUACCAGGACACCGUGUUCUGCCUGUUUUCUAUAAUGUGAGUCCAUCUGAGGUCAGAAAGCAAAGUGGAAAUUAUGAAAAAGCCUUUAUGGAGCAUGAAGAAAGAUUCAAAGAUGAUGCCGAGAUGAUGGAGCAAGUGCUAAGAUGGAGGGCAGCUCUAACACAAGUAGCUAAUCUCUCUGGCUGGGAUGUGAAGGAUAAGUCACAAUCUGCUGAGAUUGAAAAUAUUGUCAAAGUGGUAACAAGCAUACUGAGUCCCAAAUCAUCAUCAAGUCUAUCUAAUGAUAUAGUUGGGAUGCAUUCCCCUGUACAAGAAUUAGAAAAGCUUCUAGUUUUGGACUCAGAUGAUGAUGUUCGAGUUGUAGGGAUUUGUGGGAUGGGUGGCAUAGGAAAGUCAACUCUUGCCACCAUUUUAUAUGAAAAGAUCUCUCAUCAAUAUGAUGCUUCAUGUUUUGUGGAUGAUGUAAGUAGAAUUUACGGAGGUUAUGGUCCACUUGGUGUACAAAAGCAACUUCUUUGUCAAGCUUUCAUCAAAGAAAAUUUUCCGACGUGCAAUCGUUCAUUGGCAAAUAAUCUGAUUCAAAAUAGGUUACGCCAUAGAAAGGUUCUCAUAGUUCUUGAUAAUGUUGAUCAAGGGAUUCAGUUGGAAAAGUUGGCUAUAAAACGGGAAUGGCUAGGCAGAGGGAGUAGAAUGAUCAUAGUUACUAGAGAUGAGCAUAUAUUGAGAGAAUAUGGAGUGGAUGAAGUUUACAAAGUUCAACUCUUAAAUGAUGAGAAUGCUCUCCAAUUGUUUUGCAGAAAAGCUUUCAAAUGUAAUCAUGUUGCAAAAGAUUAUGAAAACCUGACAAAUUCCGUGUUAACAUAUGCUAAUGGACUUCCAUUAGCAAUUAGAGUAUUGGGCUCAUUUUUGUUUGGGCGAGAUGUCUCUGAGUGGAGUAGUGCAUUGGUUAGGCUGAAAGAAAAUCCAACAAAAGAUAUUAUGGAUGUGCUACGAAUCAGUUUUGAUGGACUUGAGAAUAUGGAAAAAGAAAUAUUUCUUGAUAUUGCAUGUUUCUUUCACAAUGAGUUUGUAGGAUAUGUAAAGGAUAUUUUGAAUAUUCGAGGUUUUUAUGCUGAUAUUGGUAUAAGAAUUCUUAUUGAUAAAUCACUCAUAACUUGUAAUCACUGGGGUUGGAUUGUUAUGCAUGAUCUGUUGCAAGAGUUGGGUAGAAGUAUUGUUCGAGAAAAAUCACCCAAAGAACCAGGAAAAUGGAGCAGGUUAUGGGAUCAAAAGGAUCUAAGAUAUGUCCAGCAAGAAAACAAGACAGCUGAGAACGUUGAAGCCAUAGUUCUGCGAACAUAUGAUGAAGCUGGGAAAGAGUUGUCAGCUGAAACUUUGUCACAAAUGAGUGGCCUGAAAUUACUCAUACUUCCCAAAGGAAAUUUUUCCGGAAGCCUGCAUUUUCUUUCUAAUGAGUUAGGAUAUCUUGAUUGGAAAGAAUAUCCUUUCACAUAUUUGCCAUCAAACUUUCAGCCAAAUAAACUAGUUAAAUUAAUCCUUAAAUAUAGCAACAUCAAAGAACUCUGGGAGGGAAUAAAGGAUCUACAUAACUUGACACAUAUGGAACUAUGUCAUUCCAAAAAUCUGGUAAAGAUACCAAAUUUAUCACAGGCCCCAAAUCUUGAGCACCUAGAUCUUGAAGGAUGCGUUAAACUUGUUCACCUUGAUGCUUCCACUGGUUCUCUAGAAAAGCUUCAUUUUUUGAAUCUGAAAAACUGCAAAAGUCUUGUUAGUAUUCCCAAUAGCAUAUUUGGUCUUAAUUCACUGUAUGAUUUAAAUCUAUCUGGCUGCAAGAGAUUGUUUAAAUAUCAGUUGUUAGAGAAAUCCAGGCCAAGUAAGCAAUUGAAUGCGGGUCAAAGUGUAGAAAGGCACAUGACAUCAUCCAUACGCAAAACUCUUACAAGGCCUCUCCAGUUUUUGUCUUCUAGAAGGCGUGCCAAUUCAGUUGGUUUGUUGGUGCCUUCUGUGUCUCAUUUCCCAGCUUUGGUAUCUCUUGAUAUAAGUUUCUGUAAUCUGAUUCAAAUCCCUGAUGCUAUUGGACUGUUAUGUUGUUUAGAAGAUUUAAACAUAGGGGGGAACAAUUUUGUGACGCUACCUCAUUGCAUCAAGGAACUUCCCAAGCUAACUUGGUUGAAUUUGGAGCACUGUAAGCAUCUAAAGUGGAUGCCUAGUACCCUUUUGCCGAUACGAGGAGGUAGCAAUGGAGGAAUAUUUGUUUACAACUGCCCCAAUUUGAGUGACACGGAAAGUUGUCGUGUCACAGUUAUUUCAUGGAUGAUAAAAAUGAUUCAGGUGAACAUGCAAUGCCCUUUAAUCAAAUGCAAAUUUGAAGUUGUUAUUCCAGGAAAUGAAAUUCCAAGGUGGUUCAAAAAACAGAAUACGGGUGAUUCAGUGAUCUUGGAUCCAUAUCCCAUUCUGGAUGAUAAUGAUUGGAUUGGCAUUGCUUGUUGUGGAACAUUUGUUGCACAUCAUGAUCCAACUCAGUUGUUUGAAGAAACAAUAGAAUCUCAAGAUCUAAUUAGUUUUGGUUUCCGUUGUACUCGUUCUGAUGGGAACAUUUAUUCCCGAGUUCCAAUAUGUCUUAAGAAAGAUUUGAUCACAACUGAAGUAGAUCAUAUGUUGUUAAGCUUUAUCUCCCAGGAAGUUUUCAUUAAUUAUUAUGUAAGUCAUAUAAAAGAAGGAGCAUCUGAUCUUCAUGGUGUUGAAUUGCAUAUCAUCAGUGAUUAUCCAGAAGAAGUAGUAGAGUUGAAGAGGUGUGGUUACCGUUGGGUAUUUAAGGAAGAUUUGGAACAAUUUAACCCAACAAUGAUGUUUAGCGCCAAUUCUUCAGUUCAGUCUCCCAAGCACAAGUUUCUGGCAAUUCAAGAUCACCAAUAAAUAGCAUUCUCUUAUUAUUUAAUGGUUCAAUUCUUCUUGUGGCUUUUGCUUUACAUUUACAAAUGGGUUAUUGUAAUUUAAAUCUUUUUUAAUUAAACUACUAUGACAUAAACAUAAAUCAAUCAAGUUCUUAAUUC